CGUAACUGGCAGGAGCUCGCGAGAACGACCGGACCGUCGUACGCACUCUACGUAGCGGCGGAGCAGGAAGAUAUAAAGACACAGACACAGAGACAGUGUCCAGAAAAGACGCUCUCCCUGCCGCUGUCCAACCCUAGCUGAGCCUGAGAGGACGGACACACACUGACUGUCUCCGCUGCCUCUUUACUCCAGCAGCUGCUCGAUGAAUGCAGCAAUGCCCGAGAAACAUGUCUCACAAAGAAGAUAGUGAAGGCAAAAGCUCUCACCCCACUGGAUUGUACGCCAACAUCCCCCGAACAUGUCUGCCCAUUGUGUACCACCCAGACUACAACAUCACUUUCAUGGGCCUUGAAAAGCUCCAUCCAUUUGAUUCAGGGAAGUGGGGAAAAGUCAUCCGCUUCUUGAAAGAGGAGCAGUUCCUCACUGAUGGGAACAUCGUGGAAGCCCUUGAAGCUACUGAGGAGGAUCUGCUGGUGGUUCACACCAAAUCUUACCUCAACAGAUUAAAGUGGUCGGUGGUGGUGGCAACGAUCACAGAAAUCCCACCUCUCAUGUGUCUGCCAAAUUUUCUGGUGCAGCGGAGGGUGUUAAGGCCUUUACGGACACAGACAGGAGGGACAAUAAUGGCGGGGAAAUUGGCUGUUGACCGAGGGUGGGCCAUAAAUGUUGGAGGAGGCUUCCACCACUGCUCCAGUGACAAGGGAGGGGGCUUUUGUGCCUACGCUGACAUUACUCUGGCCAUCAAGUUUCUGUUUGAGAGAGUGGAAGGCAUCUCCAGGGCGACCAUCAUCGAUCUGGAUGCUCAUCAGGGAAAUGGGCACGAACGGGACUUCAUGGAUGACAGUCGAGUGUUCAUCAUGGAUGUGUAUAAUCGCAACAUAUAUCCCAGGGAUGGAUUUGCUAAAAGAGCUAUAAAAAGGAAGGUGGAGCUGGACUGGGGCACUGACGACUCGGAGUACCUUCGGAAAGUAGAGCUCCACUCUGAGGGAACUUUGAAUGAGGUCCGACCAGACAUCAUCAUAUAUAAUGCAGGGACAGACAUCUUGGAUGGGGACCCCCUUGGAGGACUCUCCAUAUCACCACAGGGCAUUGUAAAGAGAGAUGAGAUAGUGUUCCGAACUGCAAGGCGACGAGGCAUCCCCAUACUCAUGCUAACAUCUGGCGGAUACCAGAAAAAAACAGCCCGCAUCAUCGCCGACUCCAUUCUUAACUUGCACCAGCAGGGUUUGAUUGGAGCAGAGGCUCUGGAGGGGGAGGGCUCGUCAUUGCAGGUGACCAGUAUGCUGUCCCACUCACGACAUGCAGGGUCAACAUUCAAUGCUGUCUAAGGCCUGCGGUAUACUCGCUGUUUAACCGUGCGUAGGAAAGCGGCUGCACCGUGUAUGGAAUGGCUCAUAGAUUUGCAUGGGAACUAAAUGUUACUGGAGGACUCCAGCAGAGGACACACCACUGGACUCGGACACAAAACUGUAGAGGGCUCCGCAAAACUUUGUCUCAGACUGUUCUUUCAGCCACUUCCAGAUUUGUGUGAUGAGACAUAUGCAUAAACAAAGAUGGUAACACUGACUUAUGAUUUCUAAUGUUAAGAUCAAGACAGCAAAAGAUAUGGCCGUGCAUUCAAUAGGCGGUAUGUUGAAAAUCAUCCCAAUGUAGCGCCGCCAUUUCUGUCACUGACCCAUAUGUGGCGCUUUAAUGUCUAAGGACUAAGCAGCUCUCUUGCGUAGUGAACAGCGAAUAUACCGCACACCAAUACUCACAGCUGUGACUUCUGAAGCUGUGAGGUUUGAAAGCAGCAGAGGGAUUUUAUAUGUGACAGCAGCAGUUAUAUUGGAAGGAAGGAUGAGUGAUUGAAUAUGUACAACUCACUUGUAAAUUUGUUUGGUGAUUAAUUAAAGGUAAUAGUAAUGCAAAGAGGGAAUUUGCUGUGAAAGAAUAACAUUAUCUUGGCCAAAGCAGAUUAACUUAAGCUCUGAAGUUUCACAAAAAUAGGGUUUAAACUUUUAUCUAAUGGAGAACAAAGGGGUUAUGUUUGAUGUAUGUUCAGGGCUGUGUAUUAGAGAGGCAUUCUUUCAUCUCAGGAAAUGUACUUAUGUCAUUUGUGAAGAAUAUGACUUAUUAAGAGUCCAUGAAAUGGUACAAAGGUCUAAUGUUGAUGCAGAAACAUGGGAAGUAUGUUAAUUAUCCUCCAUCAGUGUACUGCAAUGGUGAUACAAAAUAUGAACAAUAAUUGCUUGUGCACUGACUACCAAACAUGAUUAAAUGGUGAUCUCUAACCUUCUUAAAUAAACUAAUGUCCUCUUUAGCCCUUAUUAGCAUUUGUGUUUCAUAAUUUCUACUAGAAAUUGGAGAUUUCUAGAUAAUAUUGUACUAACUAAAGAGUUAUUGGUGUUUUAUUAAUCAUGUUAAACCAUUGAUGGGUUUAUUUUCUUGUUAAUACACUUGGUGCUUUAUAUCCACUCUGAUAUCUGCAGUUGAUGUUUACAGGGAGAUCUCUUACGAUUCGAUUUCAAUUUCGAUUUUAAACACACGACUGUGAGCACUUUAUCUUUUGUAUAUGGGGAAAGAAGGUUCACCAAUAUUCCCAAGCUCCUGAAAAUCAAAGGUCUUUUUGCGGUGUAUCUCUGAUUGAUAUGCUGUAGCGAGAAAUUCAGAACUCUCUUAAUGAUGUUAAAACAUACAGUACGUAGAUGUUUUUAAAAUUCCAUUAUCAAUAUGAUUGAUACAGUAGAUGCAGCCACUUCACUGCUUCCAAAAGACACUAAAUUAUCUUUAUCAAAUGUAGACUGUAUCUCGUUUGUGUGUGUGCAUGCGUUUGUUCACCCUUUCCUUAUUGUACAGUGUACAUUAACGUGGGAUGAGAGACAGGAAACAGAUGGAAUUUAGUGGUACAACUGUCGACAUUGCUAAAAUGUUGUAUGGGCCUUAUCCAUUUAUUUAGCCAUAUAUCAAUUUAAUGAUAAUCUACCAAUAAUUAAAUGUAUUGGCCAAGUUAAUAGUUUGGAUGUGAGAAUGCUGCAGUAUUGUCCAAUACCAAACUCCUACAAGGCAAGAAACACCAGUGGCCAGAUAAUCAGACUGAUUUUUCAACACACAUAGUCUUGUUCCAGAUCAGUGAAGUACUGCCAACGUUAUUGUUAUUUAGAGGAGGUGCUAUUUGUGAGAAAGAUUUAGAAUGGGAAGCCACUUCAAAACAUAGCUUAGAGCAAAGAUAAUGUUCAAUCAACAAAACUGUGAUUGGGUUGUGAAAACCAACCAACUACUGCCAGCAGCCUCUACAGCAGCUUCCUGGUUAUGUCAGCAGGACACAUACUGCUGGCUCACCACUGGUUUGGUCAAUUAAGCACCUCUCCUAAACAACAACUACACUGUGUCACCCUUUAGGAAUGAAGGGUUUUGAAAUGAUUAGUCCAAUAACCAGCCUGAAAGUGAACAAAAACAUAUUGGUAUAGUUCUUAUAACGAACUGUUCAAGACAUCACUCGUUGUUGAACUGUUAACUGACAUUUCAGAACCUCCCACUUUAGGUUGAGCCUCUCCAUAGCAUUGUUUAGUUAAUGUGAUUAACUGUUGUUUCACUUUGGACAGGUCUCACAGUCUGAUUGUUUGGCUGCUUGUGUUUUCACAAGACACCAACAUAUAUAUUCAAAUAAAUACAUUUGAAAUCCUUUGAAAUGUUGUGUAAGCCAAACCAAUUUUGAGGCACUGUUUUUUCUCUGCUCUACUGUGCAUAUAUAUAUAUAUAUAUAAAUUCUGUCUAUUUUAUAUCCAGAUCUUUGUAUAAAACAAAGUUAGCCAUAUACAACUUCCCAAAUUACAGCUGCCGCCUGAGGGAAAACAGCAGAAUACAGGUAUGGACAGAGCUGACAUAUCCUGUGUUAGGACAGUUAAGACAGUUCAGGGUUAAGAAUGAGACAAGAAAAAGCUGAAGACCAAAUUAGAAGAAAUGUUCCCGUGACUGUGAAUGUGGCCAAGGGAAAUAUUUUAUGAUGAAGCCGCCUGCUCUGCGGCUCACCAUUACGUCAGACCUGUUCUUCUGUUUUGCAGUUGACUGGAUCUGAAGUGGCAGCUGGCAGGUGCUGCUGUAAUGAUUUUCUAAUGUAUUUUCACAUUCAUUAUCUUCUGCUGCUCUGGCUCCACACUACUGCUUUUUCUUGUUUGGGUUACAAAAGUUCCGCCCGGAGCACAGACUCCUGAUUAUUUAAAGGAUUAAAAUGCUUUCUAUCUUUGAACAGCUUGAACGAGUCAGUGUUGGCUCCGUAUUCAGGAAGCUGUUUGGACACGUUCAUAAUGAAACUGUGAGAGGCGGGCCAUAUUAACUCUGUCAGUGCUAAUUAGGCCGAGCCUUUGAUCUGGUGUUGCUGCCUUUGAGUGAGGCUAAAAUGUUAAGUGCAGUCUACCUUUAAUUAGGUCUCAGAAUAUAUCACUUACUGUAUGCAGGCCUCUUUAAUACCUGACGUGAGCCCAUCCUCCAGCUCAUCAGCUCCGCUCUUUGUCAGCCAGCAUUUCAGCAAAUAGUGCUGGUUGGAUGUUGCAUGCCAAAAGAACAGUGAUGUCUUCAGAUCUGUACUGAACUGGUGCAUUUUUUGUUUGUGCUGACAUUGAAAGUAUGUCUAUGCAUUCAUAUUGACAUUGAAUAAAUCCUGUGAUAUCAAACAA